CCCACAUAAAUCUAUACCAACAAACACUUUGGUAUUAUCAACCCCCAAAUUAAGUUACAUUUCUUUCUCUCUUCCUCAUCAUCAAUAUGAUCAAGUCCUUAUUAUCCUCACUUGGGCUUUUAACAAUCUUUCUCACAUUUUCCUUGCUCUUUUCCAUCACUUUCUCACUCCCAACUCACAACAUUCCUUCAAGCCAUCAACUAACCACCACUUCAUACACCUCUACUACUAUUGACCAAUUUUUGACUCCACAAAACAUUUUAAGAUCAAAGAUAGGACUCCCUCCACUAAGAUGGAGCAAAAGGCUUGCCAAUUAUCCCUAUUGGUGGGCCAACCAGCGACGUGGCGACUGCACAUUGGUCCACUCGGGGGGCGAUUAUGGUGAGAACUUGUUCUGGGGAAGUGGGAAAGAUUGGAGUCCAGGUGAAGCAGUGGCAGCUUGGGGUGAUGAAAGAAGGUAUUAUGAUCAUUACUCUAAUUCUUGUGUUGAAAACCAAGAGUGCCUGCAUUAUACCCAGAUAGUUUGGAGGCAUACUAUGAAGGUUGGUUGUGCUAAAGUCACUUGUUGGAAUGGAGACAUUUUCAUCUCUUGUAAUUAUGACCCACAUGGUAAUGUCAUUGGCCAAAGACCUUUUUAAAAUACGUAUGUAAGUAUCAUAAAGUGAUACAAUUCAUGUUUUGGUGGUAGUGUGAUUAGGUGUUGGUGAUACUAUGCCCUUUUAAACAAAUUACUAUUAUGGUAAGGAUAAAUUAUAUAAUACUGAAUAAAGAUCAUGAAUUGAGUUACUUCUAACA